UUCGGCUUAAAAUCUCCCCUAUAGGCCCCUUCGCCUCCCUCCGAUUCCCAUCCCUUCGGCGACCAGUGGCUUCUUCCUCAUCGCGCACUUUAAAAUCCCCGCGCCGCCUCCCCACUUCCUCCCCACCCCGCGCAUCGACUCCUCCUUCACCCGCAUAGCGUAGUACCAUGGCCGCCGCGGCGCACCAGGUCUCCGCCGUGAUCUUUGAUCUCGACGGCACUCUCCUUGACACAGAGAGGGCGACAAGGGACGUCCUCACCGAAUUCCUGGCGGCAUACGGGAAGGUCCCCGAUGCGGGGGAGGAGGAGAAGAGGCUGGGGCAGAUGUAUUUGGAAUCCACCACCGGGAUCAUCAGAGACUACGGCCUGCCGCUCACGGUCGACGAGUACUCCAAGGCGAUGUGGCAAAAGGCAAAACCGCUUCCGGGAGUGAAGAGGCUUGUUAAGCAUCUUCACAAGAACGGAGUGCCACUCGCACUUGCUUCUAACUCCAUUAGGAGAAAUGUUGAUCACAAGCUUCCGAAACUAGAAGAUUGGGGAAAGUGUUUUUCUGUUAUUCUUGGUGGAGAUCAAGUCCCAAAUGGAAAACCUUCCCCUGACAUAUUUUUGGAGGCUGCAAAGAGGCUUGGUGCAAAUCCAUCGUCUUGCUUGGUUAUAGAAGAUUCUGUCGUUGGAGUCAAGGGUGCCAAGGCUUCUGGGGCAAAGGCAGUUGCAGUACCAUCACUUCAAAAUCAGAGGAACCACUAUUACAUUGCUGAUGUCAUCCUAUAUUCGCUUUUGGACUUUCAACCUGAGAUGUGGGGUCUUCCUCCAUUUGAAGAUCGCAUUCAAGGUGUUCUGCCAAUUGAUCCCUUACUUUCAAAUGCCCGGAUAGGUGGUAAAAUUUUGAACAACAUUCAUUGGGUAAUUUCAGAUGACUGUGCCUACGAGUAUAUUCCUGACCAAAUAUCAGGAAUUUUUUUGGGUUGGGCCAAGUCCAAAGUGCAUGGAUUCUCCAAGGUGAUCGUAGCUACUGGGUGGGACUUCUCACAGCAGACCGUCGAGAGAGUGAUGCAUGUACAUUUUCUUGAUUGCUCUGGCACGGUUGAAACAGAGCCUGUGAAGCUGCUCAUAAUUGGUUACAUCCGGAAGCUCCAAAGUGCAGAUGAUAUAUUGCAAGCAUUAAGCGUAACUGACGAAGACAGGAGAAUUGCAAGGGAUGCAUUGGAUCUCCCAACUUUCUCUGAAUAUGCUAAUGACCUUCAUCUUGCCUGAGUCCGGCUUUGUCAUUGCAAGCUCUCACCUCACUACCUCACGUUUGUAUUUGUUAUUGUUAACAAGCAAACAUGAUGAUGCCAGCUGCGUUUUCUUCUAUGAAGACUUCAUAUGGAAUGCACUUCUUGCUCGGAGAAGAUUAGAGAAGAGAAGGGCGGAAGGCAUGAAGCUUGUCUUUCAUCUAGAGGUCCAUCGAUGUUAUCGUAUGCUGUAAAAUUUUCACGUUUAAUUUUUAUAUACUCUCUUCAUCCACAAAUCUAGCUCAAGCUAAGUUUGUAGUAAAGAAUGUUAGCACUUACAUAUAAAAUUAAAGUUAUUAUAACAAUAUAUUUUAUAACUAAUAUAAUGGUACUUAUUAUGUAUUA